CGAAAGGGCAUGUGGCAGCGAAUUUGUUUUGAGCAACUAGUUUCAGCAAUUUGACGCUUGUCCAGAGCUCUGCGCCCCCUCCCUCUCCACCCGGGGUUUUCCAAGCCCCCCGCAACCCCCUUCUACUCCCUCCGCCCCCAAGGCUUGCCGAGAACCCUUAUAAGGUGUAGGUUGAAAAACCAAUAUCAGUGUGCUAAACAUGCGUCAAAUAAUUUAUUAAAUCAAACAUAACGCAUAAUUAUUACAUUACACAGUGAAAUCAAUGGAAGCCGCGGAAGCCUAAGAGGGUUCAGUUGAAUCCCAGGUUUUAUUGCUUUUAACCAUGUCGUGGUGCAUCUGCCAUGUCAUCUCCGACAGCUCCCUACGCCAUACAUCGUUCCAUUAGACAGCCUCACUAGGACACGGAGUUGGAGCAGGGGCUGUCUAUGGUGUGGCGUCCGCUGGUGGCCAGGUUCACCCCCGACCCUGAUUUGAUCUACUGGGUCCCGCCCCUCUACAAUUCUCAUUUUAUCAGAAUACACGAGUCUCGUGCAAUGGAUUCGCAACGGAUGCCCUCAGAGAGAAUGAAUGAUUGUGAAGGUUCUUCUCAAGCGGAACAAGAGUAUCAAAAUAAUCCAUGUCAACCAAAUUCACAAAUUAUGAAAGAUAUCGUGUGUUAUGAGCAGGAAAAAACACCGAAAGCAAGAUUUAAAACAAACCGAACAAUUUUAUCAAGUAGCCCUCAAAAUUCGUAUGAGCUUUUUAGUGCACAAAGAGCUCGUGUUGGUUCAGUUGAUAGCGUCACUUUAUCAAUAUAUAAGGAUGAAAGGCAACAAGAAAGUGUUCGUAUGAGAUCCCGAAGUGUUUCUUUUUCCCCAAAGAACUUGAAAGAGCUAUCUAAAAACCUUCGAAGGAUGUAUUCCAGCAUGCACUCAGAAUACACCUCCAGGGACAAUAAUACAAAGGAUCUUGACAGCUUUGCCGGCCACAACUUGGAUACAUUUGACUUCUCACAGAUAAGGAAAACUGAAUGGGCGGCCUUUCAGGGAGAGGACGUAAGUUUCUUGGAAGAGCUCAGACCAGACAAGCAGACCCUCGACAGUCGUGGCAAGCAGCAGCGUAAACGUCUGUACUUUAUCGCAGCCUUCUUCCUUUUGCUGCUUGGGAUAGUAGCCGUAAUAGUGGUGGUCUUCACCUACAAGCUGCGGUGAUCAAACCCCCAGAAAGGGAUGUCAUCACAACUCUACCUUAUUCUUGAAAUGCACUUCGUAACCAAUAAAUUUCCAACUUCUUGAAAUUAACAAACUUUCUGUAAAAAUCCACACUGACUACAAUAUGCACGGUAACUUCACCAGGAAAAUACUGCAGGUUUUAUUUUGUUUUUUAUCUGAUCUAAGUUUGUGGCCCAGUCCUGUUCGAGGCAUGUACUUUAAUAUUAGGUCUCGGGCUUCGGUUAGGUUUUUUCAUUUAAGUGCAUUCAUACAAAAAAGUUAAUAGUUUCUUUAAAAUCAACAUGCUUUUUACACACAAACUUGCACAGCUAUGAUUGAAAACCGUGUUGCAUCACAUUUUCAUACUUGUAUGCUAUUUGCUCAAUAUAUUAUGCAAGUAGUGUAGGCCGAAUAGGCCAGGUACUAUCAGCAUCAUGUGUGGUAAUAUAUACAAUACAAAUUACAUAUUGAGUGUUUAAACGCUUGGGCUUGAUCAGUGGUCGCCAUCUUUAUGGCCGUUAAGUUGGGGAUUCUCAUACCUUAUGACUUGUCUUUCCAGCUCUUCUACGGUGACACGAGGUUUCACAACCUCUCCAUGAUUUAGCUGUAUCUUAUAAUCUUGCAGCCUACUGUCAGUUUUAAUAUCUCGAUGUAAUGUUUUGAUUUUAUUGUCAUUAAUUUUAAUAACAUUUCUGUACUGAGGUUUGCUAAAUAUAUGGUUGCUUGAUAACAAUUAAGACAAAUGUAGACUUAAUUUAUAAAAAUAAAUGUCGGGUUAUUUGUCGAGUCUUAAAAUUGUAACUGCAUCCUAUGCAAGUGUAAUUUGUCACGCAACUGUCCUCUGAACCCUGUUGAUCAAUAAAAAAAAUUAAGGUC